GAUUAUUCUCUUGCACUGUAGAAUGCCAUUUAAAAAUGGAAAAAGGCUAAGUGUACAGCACCACUUCUACCAAAGUGCUGUAAAAACGGUUGGGGGGCGAGGGGGAGGGACCAGAAAAAAGCUGUGAAGAAAUCACAAAAAUGGAGGAUGAAAUCAAGAAUUUAGCUUAUGUCUGGUUUACAGUGAUGACAUCUCUCUGUUACUGCUAUUUCAUAUCUGCAAAGUUCCCAAAAGGGUUAUUCAGAUUUAUGUCUCUUAUCCCCAUUUUCUCUCUCUACGCAAGUCUCCCUCUCUCUCUAAAGUCUGCCUUCUUCACAGCAGUCACAGCAUUCUUAAUCACAUGGCUUACCAGUUUCAAGCUCCUCCUCUUUGCUUUCAAUCAGGGACCACUUACAUUUAACCCCACAAAGCCCCCUCUCCAUGUUUUCAUAGCGAUUGCUGCUCUACCAAUCAAGAUCAAGCAAAACAAGAAUUCCCCAGUUGCUAAAAGUCCCAAGAAAGUACCUCUGAAUUUGGCUACUGAAACUGUUGCUUUUUCUAUAUUAAUAGCGGUAAUUCGUGAAUAUAAAGAUUAUAUUCCCCCCAAGAUUUUGUUGAUUGUAUACUGUUGUUUGGCGUUUCUGUUGAUUGAUCUGAUAGUUGCUUUAUCUAGUUUUUUGGUUCGAGUUCUUGCUGGGUUAGAGCUAGAACCACCGUCCGAUGAGCCUUAUCUGUCCACAUCUCUCCAAGAAUUUUGGGGCAGGAGGUGGAACCUCAUAGUAACAAACACUCUGCGCCACACAGUAUACAAACCCGUGAGGUCAGCUUCGGCGACUGUAUUGGGCAAUAAUUUGGCCCCGCUGGUGGCGGUGGUGGCGACUUUUAUUGUGUCUGGUCUGAUGCACGAGCUCUUGUUCUACUAUGUCACACGGGUGAGUCCCUCGUGGGAAAUGACAUUGUUUUUUGUACUGCAUGGAGUUUGUGUGGUGGUGGAGUUUCGGUUGAAGGCGGCUUUCGGUGGAAAAUGGCGGCUGCCGUGGUUCGUCAGUGGAACGUUGACGGUGGGUUUUGUGGUGGCCACGAGUUUUUGGCUGUUUUUUCCUCCAUUGACAAGGAAUGGUGCAGAUGUUAUGGUUAUUGAAGAGUUCAUAUUUUUUGGGGAACUUGUCAAGAAGAAGAUGCUGAUAUUCUUGGCCAGAAUUUGAGCUGGCUUUCAAAUGAUUACGUUGUAAUUACGACCGGUACUUAAUUUCUAAAUUAAUUUUGUAUUUGUGCCACAACAAUUUAUGCAUUUUUAUUUUUUUUGGGUAUAUUUAACUCAAACUAAGUGCUCGUUUGGUUUCA